AUGGUUAUUAGGCUUCACAGCAAUGUCAUCAACGUUGCUCAUGCUUCUCCUUUGCCUGAGACAGACGUCACGCUCAAUGCAACAGCUUGCUACUACCCAGUUCAGCUAGGCUUGGCCUAUCUAUUCUUGGUCGGAUAUUUGGUGAGAACGGUAUUUGUUUGUGCAGGGCUACCUCCUUCGGUCGGAGUGAUUCUGGUGGGCUUUGCCUUCUCUUACUUUUUUCAAUCUGACUUGCUCUCGGCGCGUGAUGAGCUGCAAGAGUUGUCCUUUUUCCUUGUGCUGCUCACGGCUGGCUUGGAGAUUCGAUUAAAAGACUUGAGGACAUACAUGUUCGUUAUGGCCUUUCUACCCGCCACCUUCGAGCUUGUUGCAAUUGCUGUGUAUGCCUGUCUUCUUCUCGACUAUUCCUGGAUGGAGGGAUUAGUGCUAGGGACCAUCCUGGUUGCAAUUGGAGAUGGCCUUGUGAUACCCAAGAUGAAAGAGUUUGGUUUCCUAUUCAAGGGGCAUCCACUGCCGCGUUUGAUGUUUACUUGGGCGCCCUUGGAAGCGUCAUUCGCGCUGUGCCUCUUCGGAGUCCUCAGUGGUUUUGCAGCACCGACCUCAUCAGGUGUACAGGUUGCAACUCUUGUAGCUGGAAAUGUUCUCCGCAUCGCUGUGACGGUGCUUGCCGGAGCUGUGCUUGGGGGAAGUGCAGGCUGGCUCAUAUCUCGAAGGAGGAGUUUGAGCAUCAAUGGAAAGCAGGUUUUGACUGGAGCUCCUGUGGAAGCCUUUUUGAUGAUCAUGUCGAUCGCGCUUGUGGCCUACGCCCUGGGAGCUCAAGGUUCCGACGGUUCAGUGCUCGUGCCUAUGAACUUCAUCAGUGGUGCGAUGUUCCAGCCAGAACUUAUGGUCAUCAUGACAGGGGUCUUCUUUUCAGCAAUGGCAUCAGAAGCAGAAGUGCAUCAGGUGGAGAGAGUCAUGGGCGGCGUGUGGAUCUUUGGCCAGCUGAUCCUGUUCAGCAUGAUCGGAAGCCGCACCACACUGGAUAUUUUCCCUGUCUUUUGGCGUCAUGUGUUUCCCAUGCUGGCUUGCGGGCUUAUCGCGCGCUUUGCGGGGAUUUUCCUGGCCAUCAAUGGAAUUCUCAUUAUGGAUCUGCCAGGUCAUCCUUUCCACAACUCUAUGGUACUUGUCGAUUCAACUUUCUGCUUUUUAUCCGUUUUGCCCAGAGCAACUAUCCAGGGAGCGCUAGGGCAAGUUCCUAUCACAGGGCAGUUCUUUAGCAGACUACCCAAUAGCUCUGGAUGCCAGAACUUCAUCUUCCUUGCAGCCAGACUCUACAUAUGCACUAUGUCUGUUGUUGGAAUGAUUCUGCUGAAUACCUUUGGCCCACGACUAAUACGAGAAACCUUGGAUCGCCCAAAGUGGGGCGAGGAAGCGAAGGAGAAGGCUGAGACCGACAAGUUCUCCAAGUCGGAAGAAGCCUCUGAAACUUUGCUACAGUCCUUGUCGGAGGCUUACCAGAUUCCAGAAAGUGUUCUAAAUGAUGCGUUGCAAAGAGCCAUGCAGAGCGCUCCCCAAAUGGCGAAGGCUGUAUCUCAGCCUACCUUGCGCCCAAGCGCGGAAGGUGCGGAUACGUCGACUGACCUGGCCUUUGCACAGUUCGACUGCCUCGGAGAUGUGCUGAACAGCAAAGACAAGGAGCUUGUUUGGCGAGGUCAUCAACGAUAG